AUGAGACGACUGGUGUCACUUUGCAAGGCCGAGAUCAACCAAAAAUACAGCUCUGUGAUUGCUCAACUAGCGAUUCCGACUGUCACGCCUGGAGGUGUCCUGCCCUUGAUGCGUCUGGCAGCAAACGAGGAAGGCGAGUUCGCUAGUUUCGUGUUUGCAGGCUCGCACAACGUCUAUGGCCCAGCAAAAUCUUUGGUGGAUGAGUGGGAUAUCAAGAAUGGUGACUAG